GGCAGAUCAGGAAGUAAGUACAGUAUAACUGCGUGACACACAAACACACGCUCACACCUACUUCAAAAUAUCACAGGUGCAUCUUAGGUCCAGCACAGCAUUCUCGAUUGGCAGACAGGAGAGUGGGAAAGCAGACCAGAUGUGCUGCAGCUACAGUUAAGUGUGCGAGAGGAAACUGAUGUGAAGGACCUGGAGAUCGGGCUGCUGAGGUAGGGAGGGAGAUCGCAGAGGGGCCAUUGUCACCAGCACCCGCUCAGCCGGUCUGCAAGGAAGCGGAUACAUUGGGCGGGGACAGCAGAGUAACUUCAGGGAUGCUGAGCCUAAAGUUACCUCGUCUGCUCAGCAUUAAUCAAGUGCCCAAAGUAUUCCACGAACACAGCAUCAUCUUUGGCUAUCGCCACCCAAGGAGCACAGCUACCGAUUGCUUAUUCAGUCUUUUCCAAUUGACAAAUGAGACUGUGAACAUCUGGACCCACUUCCUACCGACCUGGUAUUUCCUGUGGAACCUCCUGGCUCUCUCCUACACCCUGGACUUUUGGAACGAAGCAUACACAUGGCCUCUCCUUGUUUACAUGCUGUCGUGUUGCAUCUACCCAUUUACCUCAAGUUGUGCCCAUACAUUUAGCUCGAUGUCCACCCGAGCCAGACAUAUCUGCUUCUUUUUUGACUAUGGUGCUCUCAGCCUGUACAGCCUAGGCUCCGCCACUGUCUACGCAGCCUACAUCAUGCCUGACAAAUGGAUCAAUACCACCUUCCACAAGUGGUUUGUACCUGUUGCUGUCUUCAAUACUAUUGUUUGUACUGGUCUAUCAUGCUAUUCCAGAUCUCCAGAACUGGAUUAUCCAAACCUGAGUAAAGUGGUUCGGAUUGUGGCCUUUGCUUACCCAUAUCUCUUUGAUAACAUCCCACUCUUUUAUAGGUUGUUCCUUUGUUCAGGGGAAGAUUGUGCACACAAUGAAACAAUUACUGUCCACUACAGACACGUGGCACUUGCCUUCCUAACUUGCUUCCUGUUUGCGACACACUUGCCCGAGCGCCUGGCUCCAGGCAGGUUCGACUAUAUCGGUAAUAGUCACCAACUGUUUCACAUCUGUGCAAUCAUAGGCACUCAUUUUCAGAUGGAAGCCAUAAUUAUGGACAUGUCAUUGCGCCACUCUUGGCUCACACUUCAUGCACCAUUGCCUUCUUUCAUGGGUACCAUUGGUGCACUUGGUUUUGCCCUUAUGUUGAACCUCGUCAUCAUAGCACUAUUCUCCCUGGCACUGUACUGGACACCAAAGUUGCCCGAACUGAAAUAUGAACACUGGAACAAGAAAUUCAAGAUGGAUUAGGAUGGCGCACCUCACCUUGAAGCCGCUGAAGAAGAGGCCGAGAUUUCCAAAGGAGCAUGAGUACUUGGAAUAACACUGUGACUUGGGAAGAAAUGAAGUACAUUCCUGUUGAAAAUGGAAACAUUUCCCAAAUGAUUGGCGAUGCCUUUUAAUGGGUGCAUAGUAAUCUUUAAUAUGCUUAUGUCCGGUGCUGUGGAUAUUUAUAUUAUGCCGUGCGUGCUUUUAUUUAACAUGGUUAUAAAACUGCCCUUGGGGUAAGUGGAAGGUCGGUUCAGCUGCAGUGGCCUGUGUUUCAUCUCUGAUACUCAGGGAAGCCAUUCCUUCAGUUAAUGGGGGCUGGAGCUUCCUCACUUAGGAAUGGAAAAUAUCAUUGUGCCUUUCCUCUGGAGCAGGUUUGAUUUCUGUGCUCUGAGAGGCCUGUUUUUCAGAAUUUAAGGAAAAGGAACAGAAAUGUUUUGAGAUAGCUGGAGUAGUGGGGUGUUCCUGUCAUUGGGGUGAUUAAGGCUAAUUAUUAACUUAAAUGCGAGGGGACCCAGUCAUCAUUGUUGAACUAUGUCAUAGCCAGGCUAGGGCUGUAAUCCUAAAGUCCAUUCUUCAAGAAGCUAAAAUAAUCUCAAUAUUGCCUUCACUUUUGGCUAUAGGUCAGGCACUGCAACCAAUCAUAGGGUUAAAAUAUCCACUGGGAUCCCCAGUAUUCUACUGUAGCUUCAGCGGAGAGAACAGCAAGAGCCCAAGGGUGACAUUUCUCUGGGAGCUCCACUGAUCUUUCCCUGAACUUCCAGCAGCGGAUUGGAAGGGCACCACAAGGAAAUUCAUCUCCCAAGACUAGGUUUUGGGAACAGGAGGUCCUGUAGGAAUGGUGCUGCCAGUCAGAGAUUUAUUGUGAAAUUGAGCUCCCGAAUACAUUGUCUGGGCUGAAUUUUCACCCUGGGGUCCGGACACCCAUAGCGGGAACAUUUCCAGGUCCUGACCCCCGCCGGCUUGUUCCAGACAUGCCCACCACUAUUUUUGAAGGCUCAGCCAAUUAAAGGCCAGUGGGCAGGCUCACCAUCCAAUUAGGGACAGGAGGCUGGAGGGCCAAUGGGAGGCCUGCCAGCACUCACAGAUCAGCAGCCCUGUCGGCCGAGGUGGCAGCUGCUGAAUGGAAGACGGAGAGACUUUAUUUAUAUAUAUUAAAUAACCACAAUGGCCUGGCUGUGAUCUUGGAAGGCCACCCCCUCCAGAAGCUGUGGCCUGGUAGCUGCCAAGGGUCUGGGUGGGUGGGGUCUCUUAUGGGAUCAAACGUGCCCCCACCUUCCCCCACCCCGAGCUGAGACCACCACAUUGACCUAAAUGUGUUUCAGGCCGAUGUGGGCUGCCCACAUAGCGGCUGGAAAUAUUAGUUGGUGCAGGAACAAGGUCUUAAUGGACCCUGUAUUAUUUAAUUAACCUAAAUUGGCUACCUGCUGCUAGCAGGAGGGUAGCUGUUCUGAUCCCCAACCUGCUCCCCAAAAUUGCCUCGGGGUCAGGAUCCUGUUCCUGUACUGGUAAAACGGCUGCUGGCACCAACUUACAACGGGCACUCUUCUGUCUCCGAUCCAGCCCAGGCCUUCUUUAAAAAAAAAUCAUCCCUUGUACACCUCUGUUCUUCUGUUUUUACUCAAUCACCAAAUUUUAAAAUUAAAUCUAGUAGCAAAGGUACAUUGUUACCUGUGUUGUCAGUGUAAACCAAACUCAAGUCUGUACCAACAGUAAAUACAUUGUUAAGGCAAGAGGGGUGGGAGCUUUACAACACCGGCUUGCAUUUAUGUAACACCCCUAACAUAAUAAAGAGGUCAAAAGGCACUUCACAAGAGUGUAAUUGGACAAGGUUUGAUGCCGAGCCACAUAAGGUGAUAUUAGAACAGACUACCAAAAGCUUAGUCAAAGAUUUAAAGGGGUGUCUUACUGGAGGGAGAGAGCAAGUGAGAGGUGGGAACAUUUAGGGUGGAAUUUCAGAGGUUCAUGCCUAGUUAGCGAAGGGAAGGCUACCAUUAAUGGAACACAUCCUCGAUUUUCAUCGCAACAGGCAAGAAUUAAAGGAGCACAGAGAUCCUGGAGGAUUGUAGGUUUGGAGGCGGCUCCAGAGAUGGGGAGAGAUGAGGGGGGGGGAGGCGAGGCCGUGGAAGAAUCUGAAGGCAAGGAUGUGAAUUUUUACAUAGAAUUUUAUUACUUCACUUUGCAUCUAACCCUGUAGAUUAAUGUCUGAAGGUGGCCUCUUGAAAAUUGGUUCAGGUACUUGUUUCCCUUCUUGGAAUGGCCAGGAAUAGAUCUUUUAUUUGGAAGUUACAGGAAAGCUUCUUGUUUGCUUCCUAACUUCCUAGAAAGCAGUGGGAGGGGAUCUCUUUCGAUUGCUAUUUGUUAGCUGAACUGCAAACAUUUCCUAAACAUAUCACGUUAAGGGAAAUUAUGUUCUAAAGAGAGAGGGUUCUGCGUGUUCUCAGAUGAAUGUUCCCCUUCCACCUUUCAAAAUGUACCCAGUUUUCUUUUUCUAAGGCUGCCUCGAUAAUUGUAGAUUGUAACUUCAGUUCGAAGUACAUUGACUUCAGCAAAUUAGCAUCACUUCCUUGAAGUUUACAGACCAAGGUUCAAACUUCAAUAAGUAAAUUGGGUCUAUAUUCUCUGGAGUUUAGAAGAAUUGAGAGGCAAUCUCAUUGAAAGCCUACAAAAUUCUGAAAGGGUUUGAUGUGGUAGAUGCAGAGAGCUGGUCGGAGAAUCUAAAACACGGGAGCCCAGUUUCAGGAUAAGGGGCAGAUCAUUUAGGACUGAGAUGAGGAGAAAUUGCUUCACUAAGGGGGUUGGAAUUCUCUACCACAGAAGGUUGUGGAUGCUGCAUUGUUGAAUUUUUGGUCUCUUGGGAAUUAAGGGAUAUGGGAAGUGGGUGGGGAAAAUGGAGUUGAAGCCCAAGAUCAGACAUGGUCACAUUGAAUGACAGAGUGGACUCGAUGGGCCAUGUGGUCUACUCCUGCUCCUAUUUCUUGCGUUCUUGUUCAGAUAUGCUGUUCAUCCCAAACGUGCAUCACAGUUUAGGAAGCCUUCAGACAGGAUAUCAAGAAGAUUUACCAGAAAUGGUACCAGGGAUGAGUGACUUCCAUUACCACAGAAACUGUGACAGAUUUCCUUAGAGAAGAGAAGGUUACGGGGAACCAGAAUACAAAAACUCAACAAGGGAUGUCUUUUUUCAGUCCAGUGAUUGUGAUAGUGUGAAACUCUUUGAAUAACUGCAGAAUCAGCAUCAUAUCAAAUAAGAAAAAAGUGAGGUGGGGGAGGUGGUGGGCAAAACCUUCCAACCUGUUUCUAUUGGAAGAAAGAAAGACUUGCGUUAAUGUAGUGCUUUUCAUGACCUCAGAAAGCCCUCGGAGCACUUUGGAGUGGAGUUACUGUUGUAAUGUAGGGAAUAGUAAUGUAGUAACCAUAAUCAACAGAACAAAGUAAAUAAUUGGACUUGUAAUUGUGUGAGAGUGUACGAGCACUUAACCUAUUGUCCAUUAUUUUAACAGAGAAUCUAGUCCAUCUACUUUGAAUGGGUUGCUUCUGUUAAAAUAAUGAACAAAUAGAUUUGACAUAAACAUGUUAAGUCUUCAGAUACUGAUAUCACACGGUACAACUUUACUGAACUGGUGUUCACUUUACAUUUGAGAGCUUUCUGGACCAAAUAGAAAAGCAGACUAUGACAGCUCCAAACUCAAAUUAUUGAGUCUGAUUGGGAGAUAGACCUUGAAAUGAAAUAUAUUAUUAGGAACAAAGGCUAGAGUUUUCAGAGUUUGACAAUGGGCCGAAUCUGCCAAAGAGUGGAAACCACUGUCAGCUUGUCACUCAGCUCCUCUUUAUUUACCCUAGUCUGGAGCUGCACAUUUCUCACUCAGACUUUUGACCCAAGUGCCCUGAGAAAUGUGCAGCUCAGCUGCUCCUGGAGUCCCUGCUGUGUGAUUUAGCAGCGUCGAGGGAAGUGAAGCCACCUGCCCUUUUUAUAGCAUGAGCUGCCGUAAACUGAGAAGUUUAAAGUUCACAUUCACAGCCACUUUGACAGGAGAGAAGGUAAGUGCAUAAGGCAAGUGGUAGAUUGGAUGGGGGGGUGUGGUCGGAUGGGGACUGCCAAACUGUCUCCCAGCGGAUCUUCUGGGGUACCUCAGAGGUACCACCCCCACCAGGGGAACAGAAGAUCUGGGCCAUAGUAUUUAUGGCACAGAAACACUCCGGUUGACCCAACUGCUCCAUGCUGGUGUUUAUGCUUCACAUAAACCUCCUCCCAACCUUCUUUAUCGAAUCUCAUCAACCUUUCACUCUGUUUCUUUCUCCCUCAGAUAUUUAUCCAGCUUCCCUUUAAAUGCAUCAGUUCUAUUUGCUUCAACUACUCCGUGUAGUGUUUGCUAAGCUGUGUGAUAUUAACAUCUGAAGUUUUAACAUGUUUAUGCCAAAUUGCUUUGUUAUUUCAAAGUGAGAAGAAGGUUAUGUGAAGGAUGCCAAUCUUUUUUCACAGCCCAUUGAUUUGCAGUAUGUUUAGUACAAAUUAAAUUGGCUCAGAAUCUGUGCCAGUCUUGUUUGAAUGUGGGAACAAGCUCUACAUAUCUAUUUUUUUUAAAAAUCUUGAAGUUUGUGCUUUCAAUUCCUUGAUGUUAAGUCCAUUUCUAAAGGUUAAAGCACCCAUCCACUCUUCAAUGAUUCCCUUUUUAGUUAAUAUAGUUGCAGUACUGGUACAAUUUUGAAAGAGAUUCCUGGAUAUCCUUGCAUAAGUAAGCGAUAUGUUACCUAAAGUCAUUUUGCGAUUUUGCAGAUGUUCAUCAUUUGAUGGGAUGAGGCAGAGUUGAUAGAAAUGGACUGUUUACAAUGAUCGAGGGGUCCAGAAUGAGAGGACAUAGAUGUAAGAUUAAGUGGAAGAAAUGUGGGAUAAGCGAGCAGGGAAAAUAUUUUUUAUGCAUUUUUUUGCACUAAGUUGUGGAAUGUACUAUUGAUUGAAGCAGAGACUGUGCCAACAUGUAAGACUAGAUCCAAUAGGACUUUGAAGGCAAUGGGAUAAAGGAUAUGGGAACUGAGUUGGCUAAAGCUGCUUGGGCUGAAUGGACUGUUUGUAUGUUAUAAGUCUUUGUAACCUUGAUCUCAAUGUCAUGUUUCUGAAGUCUACACCAUGUUUUCUGCCACAAUUAUACCUCUUUGGCACUGGGACCCUACCUGAUGCCUCAAUUGCCCAAAAAUGUGAAGGUGGGGGUGCCUGGAAUGUUUUUUGUGCCCAGUAGCUUCCUCUCCCUUCCCUCAAUCUCAACUUUCCUCUCCCCAGUGUCCCAUGGGAUUUGAGCAGAUAAAUUUGAUUAGUGAACAAAAGGAUUGUUUUAUUGUGAGGCCCAGAUGAUGGUUGGAAGUCACAGCACAGGACAACCAACAAGGUUAAAAUGACUAGGCUGCCUUGUACGUGGCUUAUAUCCAAUUAUAUGGCUCCAUCCAAUGGUCAGUUCCACUGACUGCUGUGUAUAUCAGGCAGGGCAUGUAACAGGAGGCAGAUAUGAUAGUGCCUAGGAUUGUGCUAGCAUUCAAGACAGAUUUCUAACCCAGGUUCCUUAAAUAGAAAGUGUUGCAUUCCCCUGCAUGGACCUCAUAGAAAUCCAUAGCAAGAAGGAGGCCAUUCAGCCCCUCGUGUCUGUGCCAGCCAAAUAAUUGUUAGCCACCCUAAUCCCAGCGUUCAGCUCUCAGUCUAUAGUCCUGUUGGUUACAGCACUUCAAACCUAUAUCCAAGUAAUUUUAAAUGUGAUUAGGGUUUCUGCCUCUACCGCCCUUUCUUGCAGUGAGUUCCGGACCCCACCCUCCACCACUCUCUGAGUGAAAAAAAAAUUCUGCUUAACUUCCCUCUAAUCCUUCUACCAGUAACUCUGAAUCCAUGCCUCCAGGUUAUAGAAUCAUAGAAUCCUAAAUUAUGUUGACAGUUAACAACCAUUUUGGUGAACACAAAAUCUGCAUAAAAAUAAUACAACAAAAGCACAUUUGCCCUUAAACUAAAUGAAAAGAAUACAGCUAUUAAUAUACCUUAGAGAGCUGCACAAUGUUGCCUUUUAUAAAGAACCUGGUGCUCUUUUGUAGAAAUGAUGGGAUACAAUUACAAGGGGUGUUUAAAUGUAAUUAUGGCUAAAGCACUAUCGAUUAAUCAUGAGAACUGUAACUGGUUUACCAACAGGUAUUGAUAGCUUUUGAAGUAACCAUUUUUUUUCAUUUGUAAUACAGAAAAUAGAUUAAAAUGCCUUUGAGUGCUUCCUCAGUUCUGUAAUUUCGGGAGAAGUGCCUGCAGAUAUCCCAGUUUACAUGAGCCUAAAAACUUCUGAGUCAAUUGCUUUUAGUUAAUUAACCUUUACUCUGCUGAACAAACAGAAACUAAAGCUCAAAGCUUAGCCGAGCAAUAUUGUUAGAAAGUGUUUUAUGGGUUGAAGAGUCAUUGAACAGUAGCUGGAGCUAUUGUGAGGGGAGGGAGAGUAGAGGUUGGGGGCAGGAAAUGUUUUAGUGUCUAAUGACAAUGCUGUUGCAGAAUCAGGAGCACAUCGACACAGAUACGACAGCACUCUAUAAAUUGGUCUCAAAACCUAUUGGGCUUUGUACAGAACAUGGGAUAACUCCAGUUCUGUACAAACCGUAAAUCUUUGCCAGCUGGCCUGGGGAAGUUGGAAAAUGACCCAUAGUUUUAAUCAAAGCAGAAUGUUGACACUCAUGCACAGUGGCCAAGCUCUGGCCCUUGCGUACUUGUAAAGGCCUAUAUUUAUUUAUUUAGUGCUUUACCCUGUCUCAUUUAUGUAGGCAAAUGCAGGAGCAGUUUUGCACGCAGCAAGAUCCCACAAUCAUCAGUAAGAUGUGUCACUAGCCUAUUUUAAAUGUGUUGAGGGAGAGGAAUGUUGGUCAGGCCAUUGGGAGGAUUACCUCCUCUUCUUUACACACAGGCAUGAGAUCUUUAAUGUCCACCAGGACCAGCUGGACAGGGCCUCAGUUUAAAAUCUCACCCUUGGGGUGACUCCUCAGGCAAUAUAGCAUUCCUUCUGCACUGGAGCAUCAAACUAGAUACGUGCUCAACUGCUUGAGUGGAACUAGAAGCCACAACUUGCUGACUCUGAAACGUUACCAACUACGGUUGCCAACUGCAGUUGGACAUUUUCCUGGAGGUUUCAAAAUCCCCCUCCCUGUCAAACAGCCUUUUUCUCCCAUUUCUAACAAGUGAAAGUGUUCAAAACAAAUGUAGAAAAAGGCUGCACUUUUUUUUUUGAUUUCCCCUAUGAUUUUCCUUCAGGGGUGUUGCUUGAAGCAGCGUUCGUGAGAUUAACCUUUUAUUUCUCGAAACUCAUGGACAAUUCUAGGAGGUUGGCAAUCCUACUAAUGGAGAUGAGUUUGCACACUUUAUUCACACUGGGGAGAGUUCAACAUAGAACCAGCAACUUAACUCAGGUUUGCUGGCUGCGUGUCACACCCUGAAAGUUACCAGUCCGAGUACUGGAGCAUCCUUAGCUGCACUAAUAUCAAAGUACAGUCUCUGUGAAUGCUCCAAAUUUAUACAGAACAAAAGACGAAAUCCUGAUAUUGUUUCUUUGCUUGUUGUUAAACAGGUUGCUGCAGUUGAUCUGAUGUUUUCAAUGGUUUUGCUUUAAAUCCAGGUUAUUAGCACUAGCACUGUGAAGGGACACACACCUUUGGAUUUUAUUUGGGUCAUGCCUUUUCAUAAAGAUGAAAUAGGUUUAUGAAUUUUCUGUUAAGUUUGCAGUCUCUUGUUACAUAAAAUGCAGUGUGACACUACAUGCCUCCAAAGCUCAAGGCCAUAAAUAAAAGAUAGUCACCAAUAAUUCCAUUAGGGAAUUCAGGAGGAAUUUCUUUAUGCAGAGAGUGGUGAGAAUGUGGAACUCACUACCUCAAGAAGUAGUUCAUAUGGUUAGCAUAGAUACAUUCAAUGGAAAACUAGAUCGCUUUUAUAUAGUGCCUUUUACAACCUCAGGAUGGCCCAAUGUGCUUUACAGCCAAUGAAGUACUUUUGAAAUGUAAUUACUGUUGCAAUAUAGGAAAUGCAGCAGCCAAUUUGUACAUAAAAAACUCCCAUGUUUUAUUGAUGUUGAUUGAGAGAUAAAUAUUGAUCAGACAGCGGGGAGAACACCCAUGUUCUUCUUCAAAAUGGUGCCGUGGGACCUCUUACAUUUGCCCUUCAUUAAAUAUCUCAUCUGAAAGGCAGCCCCACUGACAAUGCAGCAGGCCUUCAACACUGCAGUGAAAUGUAAGUGUUCAGUUCUCUAGAAUAGGGCUUCAACCCACGAUCUUCUGGCUCAGAAGUUAAGGUACCACCCACAAAGGCAAAGUGACAAUUGCACAGAGAGUGUAUGAAGAUGUAAGAUUUUUUAAUAUAUUAGCAAAUAUAUAUAUAUAUAUAGGCAGACAAUGUACAAUGUAAUCACUGUAGGGUAAAAGUUGUGCAAAUCUGUGGCAGUACACUAGUGGUUUUCUGAUAAGAUUGAGGACCCAUAGGUGACUGGUUUCUGAAAGUGCACAGUCUAAAUUAGUUCAGAAGUAAUAAGAAUUUUUUUUAUUCUUUUCAUUCUGUAUUUGUAAAAUUUUAAUAUUUAAACUUUGAUUAAGCAUUUGUUUCUGCAGUUGGGGGAGCUUGUAAUGAACUCUAAAUAUAUACAAUCUGAAAAUAUAGGGACAAAAGUCUUUAACCCAACUUUGCAGAUCAUUUAGGCACCUCCGUUGCCUUUGUUUUUGGAAAAUUGCAUCUUAAAUGUGUGGAGCAAGGAGAAUGUAUUGUGAAACAUGAUAACCAUCUCCUACUUGGUUACUGUGAAGGGCAAAAUCACAGAACUUCUAAAUCGACAGGGGUCAGCACUAAGUUGGCAGUCUCACUCAGAGAGGCUAAAAGGUCAACUGAUGCUAUAAAUGGAAACAUAUUGCAAUGGUAAAAUUUGAUGCAUCUUUCUGAGAUUGGCAAAGAGUAAAUAGGAGGGGAUUUACUUUACAUCUUUCCCCCAAGUGAUGCUUGAUUUGGGAUUGAUGCAUGCCGGUACCAUGUAUCCAACAUGAAAACCCUUCCACUGCGCAACAUUACGACCCCAGAUCUCAGUCAGCACCAAGUAUAAUGAAUAAACCAGUUUAAAUAGAAGAGCUACUGUGAACUCUUGCACACUGUGAAACAACACCAUAGGGCACAUAGAACCCAGUGAGAUGCAACUUGUACCACUGGUGUGUUGCAGUUUUGCUUUGCAUCAACACUACGAAUUUGUAGUGUAACUCUAGAAUUGUGAUGAAGCGGAUUGAAAUUUCUUCUUUUGAUGAGUCUUGUGUCAUUUUACUUCAAAGUCAGAAUGGCCUUCGAUUCACAGCACAAACGUAGCGUUGGUGUAAAGCCGUCUUGUGGUAAAGUGCAGCCUCAGGCUUGCAAAUAACUUAGAGAAAUGGGGGAUGUAGCCCCUGUAUUCCGUUAAUCGGUCAGAACUUUGUUCAAAGCUGCUUCAGCCCAGCUUAGAGCUGUUGUGUAUUUUUGAUACAUCUGAAAUACAUAGUUUAGUAUUUAUGUGGAAUGUGCUUCAAACUGUUUCUGUUCUCACUUGGAGCUGCAAUUGAGAUAACUGCACUAAAAUUGCAACCAUGUUGUGAUUCCCUUGGCUACUCAAAUGCCAUUAAAUAUUGAGAAUUCUACAUUUGCGACAGCAACUUGAUUAAGAUUUUCUAUUUUUGUUACAUUGUUCAUAACUAACAUCAAAUGUACAGCGUUUGUGGGAAAGUAAAAUAAACUUAUUUAAAUAUGAA